UCCCGCAUCACCUUUAACUUCGGUGAGUAUACGUCAGACAAUUUGGCGCUUGCAUCAGUGCCGACAGUGGCCCAGGCAGUGACGCAGAAGUGCGAUUUCCUUACAUACCAGCUAAGGAGAAGAAAAUGCAUUUACAGUCGUCGACACUUUGUCGCUACUAUGCAACCGGAAGUUGUCGGCGUGCAUCAGCGUGCCGUUUUGUGCAUAUGCAACCAGAGAGUGUCCCACAAGAGAAUGCUUAUUCUUAUGAACAAGCCGUGCACACGAGAAUAUGUCGCUACUACGCCGCCGGACAUUGUCGACGUGGUUCAACAUGCCAUUUUGUGCAUUCGCUACCGGAGAGUGUGCCACAAGGAGUCCCGCCAUUAGUGUAUACUUACCACAGCAGACACGAGGUACACACGAGAACACCACUCAAGGGGUGGGACCAAGACAUCGGCCAUAGCCAUGGCUACACAGCGCAUGCCACAUACACAGUAGCCCCGCAUGUGGAACCAUACCGCUUCGACACGAGAGGCGCCUUUGACAAUUCCAGCGAUGUGUCUUCGAACUCCAGCCCGUCUGAUCAGAGUUUGAAUGCCGCAUUCCAAGUCAUGACCAUCGAAGAACCCGUCUCUUCAGAAUAUCUUCCUUCUGCGUUCUCACAAUCGUCACCAAGCUUACAAUAUCCCAACAACGCGGGAACACGCUGUGGCAAUGUGGCAUACCCUGGUUACGAUCGAGGAUAUACUCUAACUGGUUUGAAACCUCGAGCCGCCACCUGCAGAAAAGCAGAGCAGGCGAAGGAGAAGCAAACCCUAUAUAGGACUAAACCUUGCAAAUUCUUCUCAGCACGCAAAACCUGUCCUAAGGGCAAUAAAUGCAGGUUUUUUCAUGAUGUAGAGAAAAUUAAACGGGCAAGAAAAGCCAAUAAUCAGGCCCGUGAGAUAGCGUCAUCUCACUUGCCUCCGAAACCGCAUUCACCUCAGGAAGAGCUCAAGGCACACGAUUAUUAUCCUAUUACCUGGCGAGUGAUUGGUGGUGGUGUAAUGAUGGGACUACCUUGCAAGGCAUUCGCAGCAGGCUACUGCCCCAACGGCAAACAUUGCAAGCUGGCCCAUGAGACUGAGGCCUGGACUUCUGAGAAUGGUAUUGUGGAACUUAAGACACAAACAUCGGCGACGUCUGUGGCGGUGCCAUCCUCUGCAAAGCAAUCGAUAGAUUCAAGUGUUGAAUCAAAGUGCAGGGCAGUAUGCACCGACUACUCUGAUUCAUCUCAUACUAUGCACGACACCGACGGAGGCACAUCUGGUAGUACGAACGAUACAGAGGAAUCUAUGGCUGCUUCAAAUUCAAACAACGCCGUUCCCUCUCGACGUCGACGUACCAGAUCGAUGUCUAUGCCGACUUCGCCGUCGGUUCUCAGGGCUUCUCAUAUUUUCGCAGAGUUUUGACUGCUAAUUUUGAAAGGAUAACAAUUGCUGUCGCCCGAUUUGAUGAUUCUAAGGAAUAUUCACAUGGAUGGAAGUGGUUGGCUGGGAGCUUACCGGAUUUUGAGGGUUCAAGAAUGUUGUAGCAUAUAUGUAUCAUUAAGAACGAUGGACUGGCGCGGCUGGCAAUGUGCCUGCCUCUGGUAGACGGAAGCUGGUGUGGAUGAUCAUGCUAGUACCUACGACAACGCCCUA